AUGAUCUUUGGACGAUCCUUAGGAAAUAUCCAAGUGGACGCGGCCGACCCGGCCGACGAACGCUGGAACCCCGCCGCAGUGCUUCGCAGCUGGAUCUCCGUACGCAACGAGGCAACGGAGGCAGCGGAGGCAGCGGAGGUGGAUGCAGGGGCGGAAGAGGUUGCAGAGGAGCAGGAACAGCCAGAAGAAGAGCAGGAAACAGGCGCCGAGGCGGAGCCUGAGCAGGGCUUGCAGCUUGCUGCGCCAGAUGCUGCCGUCGCAUCGGCUGGGCCAAGUGGAGUUGUGGAGGGAACUAAAUUGAGCGAGGAAGAGAUCGUGAAGAUCGUGGAAGCAAAGCGGAAGAAGACCACUUUGCGCACCAUUUGGUCAACCUGGCAAGACGUGGUCAACGAGGCACAUCGCGAGGUCUCAGUGGAGGAGCGCGAACACCUGGAAGCCUUGCGCGUCUUGGGCAUCUUGGCAGAAGGAUUUUUCGUCGUUGCCACAAACCUGGCUGCCAAGUCGCGGGGCCCCUUAGGCGACUUGGAGGAGCUUCAGAGCGAGCACAAGAUCAGGUACCGUGCCUUUGUCGUACCAAUGAGGCGUCGACAUGCCGAGGAGGAAGGGAGACUCAAAGACUUGCAAAAGAUUCUCAAACAAAUCGACCCGGAGAAGUUGCAACAGAAGAGUCUUGAAAAGGCCAAAGGAAACAAAGCUGGGGAUAAAGGUGGCAAUGCAGCCAUGGCUGAGAUCAUCAGUAAAGCGCAGACCACGGUGCAGAAAUUGCUCAAGUUUUCGGAGGACUUCCAGAAGAAUGAGAUCACCCCCAACUUCCUGAUGGAGGAAGCUGAAGCCACCGUCAGAAAGAUCCUGAUGUCUCGCAGGCUGCUGAUGGGUGUGAAACUUGCCACGGCCAAGACGAAGAAAGACGCCCCAGUCUUUUCCCCCUCCGAGACGUGUUUGCCGAGUUUGCUACGUCGCCUGGAGCUGGAGAGCUAUUUGUAUCCAACCUGGAUCUGCGAGCAGCUGAAACGGCGUUUGGCUCGUCUCCGGGGUGAAGCUGUGAACUUCCAAGGUGCGCCAAUUCUCUGGGGUCCUCGCCGUCGCUGGGACUCGAGAGCCAGGACCUUCUCCAUCGAAGAGGCCGUGAAAUUGUGCAAAGACAUGAAUGUGGCUGCCCCCAUGCCUGUGACGCAAAAGACCCCGGAAGAUCUAGUGGACACAGUGGAGGACUCCCAGGACACGGUGGAAGCCACAGAAGCCGAGACGCCAGAUGCUGCAAAUUUGGCGCAAGGAAAUGCUGAAACAGCCAGAAGAGUUGAGGCAGAGGAACAGCCAGGUGAAACUGGUCAGCCAGAAGAUGCAGAACCAGAGGAUCAGCCAGAGGAUCAGACCGAGGCUGAGCCGUCAGAAGCGCUGGAAGCGUCAAAAGAUACAAAGGUGGCAUGGGAAUUGGAGGAUGAGGCUACAGUUGAGGAGGAGAACUCUGCCCGGCCCUUCACCUUGGGGGAGGAGGAUGAUAUGCAAGAGCAGAAUGCCACUGUGGGGCAGGAAGUGGACGAGGAAAGUGAGGAAGCCAUCGAGCAGCCGGAGUUGAAGGAAGGCGAUGAGCAGAUCAAUGGCAAGGUCUCCUCACCCGGAGCCCAGCCCUUGGAGCCUUCGGAGCAGCGCAUGGAGGAUGCUGCACAUGAAGAAACAAAGGAUGCGGAGAAAGCGGAGCAAGAAGAGGCUGCUCUGAAUUCAGCGCUUGAGGAAGAAGGUGCUGAAGCAGAGGACAAUCAUGAAGGGCACCAAGAUGCCAUAGAAGAGAGUAAGGAGGAGCAGGGUGAGCAGGAUGCUCCAGAAUGCGCGAAAGAAGAGACGACUGAGCCAGAGGACAUAGACUCUGCAGGGCAGGGUGAACUCGCGGAAAGUCCACCAGAUGAGAAGGACUCUAAGGAGGAGAUAGCGGAAGAGGAUGCUUUGGAAGCGCCCGAGAUUGCAGAUGAACACUUCGGGUCGCCGGACAUGACUUCACAGCCUGAGCAGAAAGAAACACCCGCAGCAGACGCGGAGGGUGAAAAUGCUUCGCUUUGCAUUGGGGAAGCGCGAGGGGAAACUCCAGAGGAUCAACCAGUCUCACAAGCAGAUGCGCAAGCAGAACUGGAGGAGAGACAGCGGAAGAAGGCCGCGAAGUUUGAGAAGAAGCGGCAACAAAAGAAGGAAACACAGGAGGACUUGGCCGUAGAGGAGGAACCAGAUCCUGGACUUCUCGCACAGUGGUGCGAAGAUGAGAAAGAACUUCGUGAUAAAGCUGUGAAGCUGUGCAUGCAGCUUUGCAAAUCGUUGGCUGAGCUGAUGAACAGCAACAGCAACACCAACAAACAAGGGCAGAAAGAAGAGAAAGCAGGGCAGAAAGCACCUCCCAGUAGAAGGUUCCUCCAACAGCUCAAGGAAAAGGUUGAUUCAAAGGUUGCAGAGUGGCAAGAGUUCUGCAAUUGCCCGGCGUCAGACGUGUUCAUCAAGAAUCAGGCCCUUUGGACUCAAAAGAGGAGAAAAAGAUUUGGAGAGCUCAUGGACUGUCAGGACGAUUUGGAGUGGGCGAAACCAAACAGCAAGGCGGAUGAAAAGAUCUCCCUCCUGCAACGAGGCAUCACAUCACCAGAGCGAGGGGCCUGGGCGUUGCACUAUGGAGCCGAGAUCAUCAUGAUGGAAGCUGUUGGUGAUGAUUCGGUGAAGGCACUGAUGGACCAAGUGGCCACCAUGGGCUUGACAAAAAGAACCACAGAAGGGUUGGACAUGGCAUUGCUCCGGGAGCUAGUGUCCUACCAGGGCUCCAACCCCAUGAGUGACAUGGAGGGUGUGGUGGCUUCGAUGAGGGAGGGGUCAUUGAACUCUUUCUUGAUUUUUGAAUUGUCGGCCCUCGUCACCGACUUCCCUGUGACUGCGCUUAAGGGUGCACUGAUGGGAGCCCCUUACAAGCACAAGGUCAAGGAGGGUGCAUAUUUUGGAAUGAGCUUCCUUGUGUCCCAGCUGAAGAACGACAAGACAUAUGCAAAGUACCGCUCCUACCAUGUCAGCAACAACACGAUCAGGAUGACCUCACUGACCUCUCACUUGCUGCUCUCGCUCUCCGAUCGCUCACCCACGAGCAGUGCCUUGGACGUGAUCUACAACAUCGAGAAGGUUUUCCCGGGAAUUGAAAAGAUGAAGGCGGACGAGGAAACUGCCAUCCUGAGCUGGUCCUCGGAGGCUGUGAUGAAGAAAGACUCGGUGACCAAUGCAAGCAAGGCAGCCAAAGAAGCUCAACAGAGAGCAAAAAACUCAAAGAGGUUCCCAAUGCUUGUGCCCAAGGAGUUGUACAAGACACUGGUCGAUGUGACUGGGCACGAGGGGUUCAUCCCGUUCGAAGGAAUCAGUGCGAAGGACUUCCUGGAGGCAAUCAUGCAAUGCGCAACUGAGCUCUUCAAUGGCAAAACAGAAUCCUUCUUGGAGCUGAAGAAAUUGUUGUCCAACAUGAAGAUUGUGGGAGUGGACUCUGAUGAAGUCCAGACGGACGUGGCUAAGCAGCUCCAAUCCCUGAUCUUCAUGGGCGAGAAGGUGACAGAGAUGUCUGGUGAAGAGAUCCUUCUUCAGCCAGAUGGGACUGAAGAUGUUGAAGAGCUUCAGCAGAUGCUGGUGGAGAACGCAAGUGCCUUGUCAGCCGUCUUCAGCAAGAUGGACGGCGACCAAAUCAAGUCCCUUGGUUUCCCAGACCAGGUGACAACCAAAUUGAUCGAGAACUACAAAAGGAAGAUGCCUGUGACAGCAGCUGAGGUCUUGUCCAUCAGCUUCGAGCUUGGGACCUUGGGCAUGAAGCCAAAGACAGACGCACAGAGAGUCCAAGAGUUGGUGGACGUCUUGGGCGGCUUAACGGUCGAGGGGAUUAUCAAGAAGAAGUUUGCCAGCUUGACAAAGAAAGUCAGCACCCUUGAUGAGUUCAAGACCGUGCUCAAAGCAGGGGAUGUCUACGGCAUCAUGGACAAGACUGACAAGGCAACUAAGGUGACAGAAAUCCUUGCAGAAGCCAAAUUGGACAGGUCCUUUUUUGAUGCCGCUUUGCUCUGCGUGGCUUGCCGUGAGCUUGACUACAAGGAUGAAGCCAUGAAGCUUGUGGCAAAGUCGGAUCCAGGUUUCAUUGGAGAGCUCAUCGAGGUGGCGGCUGGCACUACGAUGACAAAGGAUCUGGAUGAGUUCAAAGAUCUCUUCAAGAAGGAGAUCAAGGACAUAUGGUUGGCAGGCAUGCUCUUACAGAUUGCGCCCGUGGAGAAAGGGAACGACAAGUAUUCACAAGGGCGCUAG